CGUUAUUGGAACCUCUCAUCCGGGGCCCAGGCGGCAAUGGCGGGUGUCGGCCCUCAGUGAAGAGUCCCCGUCGUGAGCGCGUUUCCCAGGUGAUAUGAACGCUCGGCCAUGCUCUCUGGCGCCGGGAGAACCAUUUAGCUGUGAAAGAUGCAGAAUGUGGUGCGUGGGAGUCUCGGGAAAGAGCGGUUACUAGAGGGCGAGGAGAAGACUGAUCGUGGUGGUGGUGCUGAUGGUGGAGGUCCGUCCCCGAAUAAUAAUAAUUCCGAAAAUAAAUGCCAGGCGUAUGCGGACCUCCAGGACAAAUUCUUCACGGUAUCCGGCGAGUCUGACAGCGAAGAGGGCGAGGAAUCGGAGGUGGAGCCGUUUGCCCUGGGUGAGGCGGAGGGGGAGGAGGAGGAGGGGGGUGGACCUGGUGGCAGCGUCCGCAACAAGUUCCUGUUGUCCGCAGCAGCCCAUGCCACAGCAGCCACUCCAGAGCUUGGAGCUGCCGCACAUCAUACCCAGCCACACUUUGAUCCUGACACGCACUCUCGACUAGUGGCACUUCUGGAAGCUGCCGUUUCCUCGUCCUCAGACCCGGAGGUAUUGCGCCGCCUCACCUCCAGCGUGUCCUGCGCCUUGGACGAGGCAGCCGCUGCACUCACGCGUAUGCGCUCAGAGACAGUUGGGGGAGGAGCAGCAGCCGCAGCAGCCACAGUGGGGGGAAGCAGCAGCAGCAGCAGUAGCAGCAGCAGCAGCAGCAGCAGUAGUAGCAGCAGCACUCCUGGGGACGGUCAGCGUACCCUAGUGGAGGCCUGCACGGACGGAGACGUGCCCACCGUCCGCAGGCUGCUGGACGAGGGCCGGUCUGUCCACGAGACCACCGAGGAAGGGGAGAGCCUUCUUUCCCUGGCCUGCUCUGCUGGGUAUUACGAGUUAGCCCAAGUUCUCCUAGCCAUGCGUGCCAACGUGGAGGACCGGGGCAUUAAGGGGGACUGCACCCCCCUGAUGGAGGGAGCCUCGGCCGGACAUGUAGAGAUAGUGAAACUCUUGAUCGCCCACAACGCGGAUGUCAACGCCCAGUCCUCCUCAGGCAACACCCCCCUCAUGUACGCCUGUGCUGGGGGACACACCGAUGUUGUCAAGGUCCUUCUACACCACGGGGCCAACGUAGAGGAUCACAAUGAGAAUGGCCACACACCCUUGAUGGAGGCUGCUUCGGCCGGCCACGUGGAGGUAGCCAAGAUCCUGUUAGAGAAGGGCGCUGGCAUCAACACCCACAGCAACGAGUUCAAGGAGUCGGCCCUGACCCUGGCUUGCUACAAGGGCCACCUAGAGAUGGUCAAGUUCCUGCUGGAUGCCGGGGCCGACCAGGAGCACAAGACUGAUGAGAUGCAUACGGCCCUGAUGGAGGCCAGCAUGGACGGCCAUGUAGAAGUGGCCCGCCUCUUACUAGACUCAGGGGCGCAGGUAAACAUGCCCGCUGACAGCUUUGAGUCCCCGCUGACCUUGGCUGCCUGCGGGGGCCACACGGACCUGGCCCUGCUGCUGCUGGAGCGUGGGGCCAACAUAGAGGAGGUCAAUGAUGAAGGCUACACCCCCCUCAUGGAGGCAGCAAGGGAGGGGCAUGAGGAGAUGGUCACCUUGCUACUGGCCAGAGGUGCUGACAUUAACGCCCAGACCGAGGAGACGCAGGAGACCGCUCUCACGCUGGCCUGCUGCGGGGGCUUCAGAGAUGUUGCUGACCUGCUCAUCAAGGCCGGUGCUGACUUGGAGCUGGGUGCCUCAACCCCCCUGAUGGAGGCCGCCCAGGAGGGACACAGGGACCUUGUCGAGUAUCUCAUCGAUGCUGGAGCGAAUGUCAAUGCCCAGACAUCCACCGGAGACACCGCUCUCACCUACGCAUGUGAGAACGGCCACACCGAUGUUGCAGACCUUCUGCUCCAGGCUGGGGCCAACCUGGAGCACGAGAGUGAGGGCGGCCGCACCCCUCUGAUGAAGGCCUGCCGGGCGGGCCACCUGUGCACGGUGCAGUUCCUCAUAGUGAAGGGCGGAGAUGUGAACAAGACUACCACCAACAAUGACCACACCCCGCUAUCCCUUGCCUGUGCUGGGGGACACCUGCCUGUGGUGGAGCUCCUGCUGGUCCACGGUGCAGAUCCUCAUCACAAGCUAAAGGAUAACUCCACCAUGUUGAUGGAAGCCAGCCGGGGAGGACACACCAAGGUGGUGCAGCUGCUCAUUGACUUCCCCAACUCCAUCUCUCACUUGUUGCCUGUGGUUGCUCAGCCCCACCCCAGUGUGGCAGGGGGCACCACUGGAGGGGCAGGGGAGGUGACCACUGGGGGCCCUUUCCUGGAAGGGGACCCCCACUCUCUCACCAUGGGUCUCACAGUGGUCCCAAGCUCAGACCCUCAGACACCUUUAGUGCUCAAUGCGAAUCAAGCUUUAUUUAAUGAUAUGGAUGAGGGAGGGGUCCCAGGAGGCUCAGCUGUGGUGGCCGCCAACCAGGCCACCGUGACCAAGGUGAACCGCACCAAGACUAACCGCAAGCCUGUGCCCACCUCGGCGAUGCCAACCACUCUUGCUGCGGGCCUCACUCCCCCUGCCCCUGCUGUCGCCACUGACAAGACUGUUGUUACCAGUGAGACGCAGACUCAGACCAAGAUUUCCUCAGCGAAUAACAGCAAGAAUGAGUACACCCUUCUGACGCCAACCUCCCCCACCUCCCCCCCACCACCUGGCAAUCCCCCUGAGGAGGCGGGGACUCUACUGCGCCCCUGCGACCGCCUGGACCAGUACGUGGACAACCUAGUGAAGAAGGCUGAGCAGCCGCACCAGAACCGCGAGGAGCAGAUCUUGCAGAAACAGCAGAUUCUUGAGGAGCUGCAGAGGGUGGAGAGGGAGCUCCAGGGGAAGGUCAUUCCCUUCAGCGGCUCCUAUGACGCCUCUCGCAGCAGCGUCAGUACCAACGCCCCUUGCAGCAGCGGGGCCUCCAUCAGCACCUUAGCAAGCAGCAGCACCUCCAGCACCACCUCCAGUACUGGCAUCAUUGCAGGCAGCACCUCCCUGGCAGCUCCCCUGGUCUACCCCCCAGCCUCUCUACACAGCCACUUGCCCGCCACUCACACUGUGGAGACUCAGACAGGCUUUCCUCCUGGCGGUGGGUGGACCACCCUUCCCCCUGGGGUUGUCAUGUCAGACCUGCCCCCUGUUGUGUCCCUCUAUGGGGGGGCGGCACCCUCUGCCUCACACCUGCCAGUCUCUCUUCCAGCUGAAGGAGCUCAAGUGCCCUCCUCCAUGUUCCCUGGGGGGACCUGCCCCCAGGAGACUGCUGCGGCAUACUCUGCUUCAUCUGCUUACCUUACUCCAGCUUCUCCACCUUCCUUACCGACCCAUAGUAUUUCUUCCUCUGGUCCAGCCACAGGAAAUGUUCCUGUCUCAGAAAGACCCAAAAUGAUUCCCUCAAAGAAGGCAGAUAAGAAGAAACUUCAGUUACAGCAGCAGCAGCAGCAGCAACAGCAGAAGCAACAGCAGCAGCAGCAGCAGCAACAACACCAGCAGCAGCAGCAACAGCAGCCUACCUCCCAGCCCCAGCCCAUGAUGGUGGUCCAGCGCAGCGGCGGGGGGCCGCAGAUACAAGUUCAGCCCGUGCAGUUAUCCCACGGUGUGGAAGGCUCCUACAGCUGCCCAGUGAGUGGACUCCCCUCUCAGCCGUUGCUUGUCCCAGGAGGAAAUGUGACCUCUCUUCCUCCCCCUCCUCCCCCGGGGGUGCUGCACCCCACCAGCGGAGCCUCACAAUGCCUUCCCCCUCCCCCUCCUCCACUUCCUCCCGCGCUGCUUGUGGACGCCACUCAUGAGCACAGCUGCCAGGCCAAGGGCAAGGCGGAGACUGCGCCGAGAGGAAAGAUGGACAAGAAGCGAAGUGUUCCUUCUGAGUGUGACUGCCCUGGCCUCUUACCAAACGAAGAAGCGGCGAGCAGUGCCGGCCUGGGUAAAGAGAAUAGCGGAGCAGCGCGAGAAGGAGAGACUGGAGCAGAAGUGGUUCCUCUCACCUCCAUCAGUACUCCGCUGCAGCUCUCGACGGGGCUGGGGCCAGCCCCGGCCACAGGGUUGCAGUUUGUGCCCAACACGCUUGUAUCCACACCUCACUUACAGUUUGCACCUUUCCAAGUUGGCACGGGCUCUGUGCCUCUACAGUAUGGCCACUUGUCUGCCCUGGGGAUGGGGCAGGCAGUGCCCAGUCAGCCAGUCACCAGUCAGACUGCUGCUGCAGCUGUAGCAGCCCAGCAGUUACAAGUCAUAGGUCCCUCUGGAGCAGCAUCCACAACCACUAGCAGCGUGACCAGUGCCAGUGCCGGCACUCCUGCCAUGGCGGGAGCGGCUCUGUCGAACAAGUCCCAGGUGAAGAAGUUCUUACUCCACUCCCCUCAGCUAGGAAUCAACACCACUGAGCUCAGUGGGCAGCAGAGGGGGCCCCCCAUGGGUCCCCUCCUUCACACCAGCCCUGCAGCCCCCCACCCACCAAGCCUAAACCAACCUUCCAAGAAGAGCAAGAAGCAGGUGCGAGGCAACGCUGGCAAGCAGGAGCGAGAGGGCCAGCUCAGCCUCCCCGUGAGUGUGGAUGGAGCGGCGGUCCAGGACACCGCCGUGGCCUCCCACCACCAGACGGUUGCGGCCGGCCUGCCUCUGGACUCCUCAAGUCAGGGAGUGGUCUUUGCCAACACCCACACCAUGGCCCACUUCCCUGCCACCAUGGCAGCCCCUUCUGGCACACUGCCCCUCACCAAUGGACCAGUGACAACCUUCGGUCAAGGCCUUCACAUGAAUGAGAACGGACUGAUGGUGGCCACCCCAGCAGCCCCGGCCAAGAUCCUCAAUGACCAGUUACCAGACAUGAUCACCACACCCGCUGCUCAGGUGGGCAGUGGUCAGCUGGGCGUGGGUGGAGUGCCUGUGUCCGUGGGCGUCCCCUACAUGGGCGGGGACGGCAGCGUGCAGUAUAAUGGCUCAACAGGGAUUGCCCCCGGUGGAGUGUGCCACUACCCGACGGCGUUACCCUCAAGCCUGGUGGACGUAGACAUCGAAACAGACUCCAAUCACGACACGGCCCUCACCUUGGCGUGCGCCGGCGGCCACGAGGAACUGGUGCAUCUCCUACUAAACCGGGGCGCCAACAUUGAACAUCGUGAUAAGAAGGGCUUUACUCCCCUCAUCUUAGCAGCCACUGCAGGCCAUGCCAAGGUAGUGGAGACCCUCCUCAGCACAGGUGCUCACAUCGAGGCUCAGUCCGAGCGCACCAAGGACACGCCCCUCUCCCUGGCCUGCUCAGGGGGCAGAUAUGAGGUUGUGGAAAUCCUGCUCCAGCGCGGCGCCAACAAGGAGCACCGCAACGUGUCGGACUACACCCCGCUCUCCCUGGCGGCGUCCGGGGGCUUCGUCAACAUCAUCAAGCUCCUUCUGGACAACGGGGCAGAGAUAAACUCACGCACCGGCUCCAAGCUCGGCAUUUCCCCGCUCAUGCUGGCCGCCAUGAACGGACACGUGGCGGCCGUCAAGCUUCUCCUAGACAUGGGCUCAGACAUCAAUGCCCAGAUUGAGACCAACCGUAACACCGCCCUCACACUGGCCUGCUUCCAGGGCCGGCACGAGGUGGUGUCGCUCCUGCUCGACCGCAAGGCUAACGUUGAGCACCGGGCAAAGACCGGCCUCACCCCCCUCAUGGAGGCUGCCAGCGGCGGCUACGUUGAGGUGGGUCGUGUGUUGCUGGACAAGGGGGCGGAUGUCAACGCCCCGCCCGUGCCAUCCUCCAGGGACACCGCCCUCACCAUCGCCGCUGACAAGGGCCACUACAAGUUUGUGGAACUCCUUAUUCAGAGAGGUGCACAAGUAGAGGUGAAAAACAAAAAAGGCAACUCCCCCUUGUGGCUAGCAGCCAAUGGUGGCCACCUGGAGGUAGUGCAGAUGCUCUACAGCGCUUCCGCAGACAUUGACUCUGAGGACAACAGGCGAGUCUCCUGCCUGAUGGCGGCAUUCAAGCGUGGCCACUACAAGGUGGUGAAGUACAUGGUGCGCAAUGUUUCUCAGUUCCCCUCAGACCAGGAGCUGCAGCGGUACAUUGCCACACUGGGAGAUAAGGAGCUCAUCACCAAGUGCACCAACUGCCUGGAGGUGAUCCGGGCAGCCAAGGACAAGCAGGCGCUGGAGGCCAACAAGAAUGCCUCCAUCCUGCUGGAGGAGCUCGAGCAGGAACGUUCACGGGAGGAGUCCAAGAAGGCCGCUGCCUCUCGACGAAGACUCAAGAAGAAGGCCAAGAAGCAGGAGAAGAAAGAGGAGAAAAGACGCAUGGAGGAAGUCAAGCGGACCGACGAUGCGAGCGACAACUAUGAAGAAGAUGAAUAUGACAACGGCAGCAACGAGGAUCAGGAGCAGCCCGAGGAGCAGAGCAAGCGGGAGAAGAAUGAGGUGAAUGCCCUCCAGCGCGCCGUGGACCAGAUUGCUCCUGAGGAGAAGGACGGAGACAGCGGCAUCGACUCCAAUAGCCAGACCAGCGCCACCUCCGAGACCAAGCCAGCAGAGGAAAAAGACAAGCAGAACAAGAGGACCAAGAAGAAAAGGAAGGAGACCUCUGUGAAGGAGGCGAACGGCACUGCAGGCCCGAAGCCCGGCGCCACACCCUCCUCUGUCCCUCUGAGCGAAAGCAGUGAGCUCAAGAAGUCUGCCUCCACCACCUCUGCCUCUACCACCACCACACAGCCACUCUCUAGUGCCUCAAACACCACCAUCUCUUCCAAGACUAAGAAAAAGAAGGACGAGGAGAAUAAGGCCAGCGGAAACAUAAAUGAAGCGGAUAUCUUCCACGUUGACGUUGCUGCCAAACCAACGGCCAACAACAAGAAAAGCGGACACGAACCCUCUCGCGUCAGUGCCCUGGACUCCUUUGUGGAGGUAGACCACUACGUCACCCCCAUACCUGGCCUGGUGGGCAGCGCAUCCACUACCCUCAGUGCUCCCUCCCUCAGCCCCAACGCAAAGUCAGCACCGGGACUGGGGACCAGCCCCAAGAAGGGAACACGGAGAGAGGAGGGCUGGAAGGAAGUGAGCCGCAAGGCCAAGAAGGUGGCUGUUCCCAACAGUGCCAUCAGCCGUGUCAUUGGCCGUGGCGGCUGCAACAUCAACACCAUCCGCGAAGUGUCUGGUGCCCACAUAGAGGUGGAGAAGCAGGGCAAGAGUCAGGGGGACCGCAUGAUCAGCAUCAAAGGCUCCACCGAAGCCACCCGGCAGGCGCAGAACCUCAUCUCAGCCCUGGUCAAGGAUCCUGAUAAGGACCUCUCAGAGUUGCUCCCUAAGUCAGUGACCAAAGUGGCUCCCAAGCCUUCCAAGAUGAGUGUGGAAGCCAUGAACCAAGGAGGGGGCGGCAAGGGGCUGAGGCCAGCAAGCACCAUCGGCAUCAGCAUGGCCACCGUCACCUCCUCCACCAUCAGUGUCUCAGUGGCUAAGUCUGGCACCACCACCACCACUGCUUGGUCCAACGCUGUCUCAUCUCCCAAGCGCACUCCAGCCCAGGGACGGCCCAUGUCUGGCUGUGGCCUCCCUGGUGCCAGCUCCAAGAGCCCAGCAGUGCGGCAGCUGUUCCCCGGAGACAAAAAGUCUGGGCCUCCCCAGACUGUUGCAAAGGUCAUUAACCCUUGCCUCCCAAGCAGUGUAUCCUUGCAGACUGAACCUCUUCAGACAUUUGCUGCUAAACUUGCUGACCACAAGAACAUAAACAAAAGCUCCACCCCACCUUUGGUGGCUUCCCCCAAACCUGUGCCACACCAAGGAGUGAGCAACACCAAUGCUGCCUGCGCUAACAACACCACUAUCAACAACGCUAAUGUCUCCAACAGCAGCACCAAUAAUAGUUCCAUGAAUGUGGUGGAGACUGGCCCUGGGGAGGAUAGCAAGGCUGCUCCAGAAGCCAACAACAACAACAACAGUAGUAACAACAACAAUAAUAACAACAAUAACAGUAAUGCCAGCAACAACAGUGGGCCAGUCGGCCAGCAGUACUCCAUCUUCAGCAACCGGCUGAGUCAGGUGACCCAUGAGGCCAUGUGGGGCCCCAAAGAGAAGCAGGUCAACUUUGCUGCUGUGGCGGCUGCUGGCCUGGUGCCUAAUGGUGGUGGUGGCAACAAGAUGAUGCCACAGCCCCAUCCACCCCUUCAGCCCCAAUUGCCCCAUCCUACUUCCAGUGCUUACCCAGAGCCUGUGGAGCAGCCCCCGAUGGCAGAGGUGACACGUGCACCCGGCUACAGGGGCACCGCCUCUACCGCAACUGUUACUACCCACACCAGCCACAUGGCCUCUGUGUCCUCUGGAAGUCCCCCUGGCAGCGUGCCCAUGCCCAUGCCCUUGUCUGGACCUCAUCAGGGUGGGAACGGUAACAUGGCCCGCAGUGCCCCGGGUACACCUGUGGCCUCCCCUUCCAUGCGGCCCAUUGCGCCUCCCCCUGCACGCCAAACAGCCACGCCCCCACCCAUCCCCCGCUCCUCAAUGGAAAUGGCUGCUGCUGCUCCCUUUGCUCUCCUUCCCGGACCCUCCCGCACCCCUCCGCCCGUCUUGUCUCCACUGGUGCGGUUGCCCAUGCCUUCUGCCUCGCUGGGGCCCGGUGCUCCCCUGCCACCCACCCGUGGGCCCUUGUCACAGUCUGCGCUGAACAUGGGACAGCAGCCUUAUUCCGGUGUCUCCAUCGCCAGCCUAGCACCAGGUGGCCCUGUGUCGUCCAUGCCCCGCGGCCCCCUGCCUCCGCCAGACCACUCUGAGCUGGUGAACUUGGCACCUGGGCAGCCCUACCGAAAGCCUCCACCGCCACCCUUGGAGAUGGGGUCGUUCCACCAACAGAAGCAGCAGCAGCAGCAGCAACAACAACAACAGCAGCAGCAGCAACAACAGCAGUCCUUCUCCACUCUAGCCCAGUUAGCUGGAAUGAUGAAUGGGCCGCGGUUCACCACCCCCCAGACCAACACCCACCCUGUCUUCACCAACAACAUCCUGGCUCCAAUCUCUGCUGCCCCUCAAAUACAGAGUAACCUCAACCCCAAUGCACCAGACUUCACCAGCAGGUCGGGGACCUUUGUGCCGACCACCUUCCCUCCCCGCUCUCAGCUGGCUGCGUUCCAGAACGGGGCCUCGACAGUCACUCACUCAUUAAGCACAGCCUUUGGAGGAAUUGGGCAGUUUCCUGCGGGCAUUGAGGCAUCUCUCUCACUCCCAAAUACUCUGAACGAGAUGAUGAGUGGACUGAUGCCCCGCAACCCUCCACCUCUGGCCCCCAUUCCAGCCUCAGUGGGAGGAAAUGCUCCUUUCAGAAGCGGUGUAGGACCUGCUCAGGAUAACACCUCUCCACUGGCCUCCCCUCACUCCUCCAACCCUGCCUCCCCCACUCAGAGUGCCUCCUCUGGCAACACGGGAGGCCUUGCCCAGCUGCCAGAGGAGCGUCACACCAAGCUGCAGCCCAUAGGCACUGAGCGUGCCCAGAAGAGGUCUGAGCGCUGUGCGGGGGUGGUUGGAGGAGGGCGUGGGGGUGUUGGCGGUGUGUUCAACAAUGAACUCCCGUGGGCCAUGCCACUCCCAGAGAUGUUGGGCACACCCCACAUGGAACGCACCCUUCCAGCAGCCAACCCAUACUACAAUGACCUGGACUUAACACAGUAUGGACAAUUAUGGAAUUGGGGUGACAUGAAUCAGCAGAUGUAAGACUACCCCUCGAGUGUGAAGGAAGCAGCAGCAGCAGUAUGAAGUGGUGGUGCGAGGUACUUGGUUGCAAGGCAGAGCACCAGUGACUUAAGGAAUGGUGGCAGCAGCAGCAGCAGCGGGCCGGCACUCUCAUUGCUCACUCCGCAUAUUUCAUCAUCCUCGACAGAUCUGCUUGCCUCAAAAAUCUUCUGAAAUUACAUGCUUUUGAUUGUAGUCCUUGUGGUUUGGGUGACAUGUAAACUCAGUGAAAUUGCUUCUUCAAGAUGUAAGAAUUACAUGGAUGGUACCUGUAUGUACCGAUAUUUUAGGUCAUUAAAGCAUUUUAAAGUGCCACUUUAAAAUUGAGUGAUGUAUGAUAACUGUUAAUGUUUUCAAAGGUUUAAAGGCAACCUCAUAUGCAAUCGCUGUGGUGUCACUCGUGUUGACAUGGUUAUGAGAUUUUGUUGCUUGCCCACGUAAGGAUUAUUGGUAGCAUUAUGAUGCAACUCAUGGGUGGCCUCGUAAACUUGGUAGGAUAUUACCGGUGGUGUCUCGAACCACCACCGCCAUAACUUGAGAGGACUCCGUUGUCCCGUGCGGCCAUCCCCGCCACCCCGCUGAGCAGCCCAUCCCCUUCCAGGCUGCCCGGGGGCGGCGGUGUGCAAGGGCCGCCCAGUAGUGCACUUGGGCACACACUGCUCCUGCCCACUGAACAUGCUGCUGGCCUGGAUGGGCAGACCGGCCCCACUUGACCUACCCACGCCCGCAGCCCCUGAUGACCGCUUGUAGUCGGCUUGUCACUGGUUCGACCCACGCUGGGGUCUUCAUACACUCACGUUUGCAAUCUUGUGUUUACUUCAUUGUAUGCAAGUCAAGUCACUAGAAGGCAACGUAUUGUCUUGAGUUGAGCAACCCUUGGCAUUCCUUCCAUCCCCCUCCCCUACCCCGCCCCGCUGCCCACCUCCCCUUCGCCAACACCCACUCGGUGACGAGCGGCUACCACACCGCCGCCUGCUCCAAGGUCGUACUUGUAUAUGCAGCAGUAAUUAUAAUAAAAGCUUAACUAUCCACACCUACUAUGUGGAAACAUUAAAAAUUUAUCAGGCAGAAAGUUCAUUCUUUACCCUCCAGAGCUGCAUCACCAUGGUGUUGGACCUGAGGCUCCAGGGCCUAUUGGGUCGCUCUGCUGUUGAGGCUUUUUUCACUGUGAGGGAAAAAACCUGCUUUUGUUGUAUUUCUGAAAAAUAUUGUCUUGCAAGAUAGAUUCAUUGCAGUAAAUCACUUGUAGGUUCUUGGUUGCACGAUGAUUAUGAUGGCUAAAUAAAGGAGUUUGUGUGUAGUGCCGAAGAGGAGGGAGUGAGAAUUAGGACCCAGGGAGGGUAGUGUUGUGGUGCAGCCCUAGCAUGGAACAUUAUAAAAUAGGCUGCUGACACCUUCCUCAGACUUCUCACUUUUUAUUUGCCACAUCUUGGAGAUUGGAUGGAGUGGUUUUAUUCUUUGUAUUUGGUUGUUAAUGAAUUAUACAUGGAAAAUAGUUAAAUCCUUAUAGUUUUAAUUCAAAAAUAUCAAAAAACAACCUGUAAAAGUUGGGUACUCAAAGGAGGGUCCCACAUCUUAAAAGUACUUUAUUCCUUAUGAAUUCAAGAAAUAUAAGGGCUUUGUAUAACUGGUGGAAAUACAGAUACAAGUAAAUGACAUAUA